UGAGACGAAAUGACGAACGGACAAAUUUUCCGUGAGAUAAAUUGUCGAGGACGAAUAUUAUGCGAGACAAAUAGACUGAGACGAAUUGACGGGUACGAAAAAGACUAAUACGAAUUGUUAUAGCACCAUGAAUUGUACAGUGUCCUUAAGCGUAUAAAAAUCCAUCGCAAGUGAAUGUAUUAAGAUUUGAAAUAAAAAUCAGUUUCAGAAGGCCAUAAUUCACUGGUUACUUACUAGGGAUCUUAUUAAAGCGCAGUACAUAUGACUGCUUUAUAGUUUAUCCCUUCACAUCUAUCUUCUUACUACACUAAUGUAGAUAAAAUAAAAUACUAAUAAUUUCUAUCAACGUAAAAUUAUUAACUAAUCAUUAAUGCAUAACGGAAUUAUUUCAGUUCUAUUAUCUCUAUAGUAACUAUCUUAGAUUGUCAACAUUAUAUUUUUUUACUCUGAAUCAAAAUCUUCACAUUUAUUUUCUGCUGUAAAACGAUCAUGCACUAUCUAAAUUCAAAUAUUUUUCUCCUUAAUGUGUACUAAUAAAUGGCCAUUAUUAGUAAUGAAACAGUAUAUUGGACAGCUUGUGCUUUAGGCACUUGUGUAUCUCUCAUUACUGCCUAUCAUUUUCAUCGUCAGCAAAAUGUAUUGAAUGCUCAAUUAAAAUUUGAACGAUGGUGUAAAAAUGAGUUAGAACUCUACUUGCAUAACAGUACCACUAACAACAAUACUAAUACAUGCGAGUUAAAAAAUGAUUUUGAUCAAUUACAAAAACAAAUUCCAAUGUUGACAUCACUAGUUAAUCAGAAAAAAAUACGUAUUGAUCAAAUGAAACAAAUUAUUCAAGAUUAUCAACAACCCAUUGUUGAUAUUAAUGAACGAAAUCGUUUAAGAAAAGAAAUGGAAAACGUUUUAAUUAAAACAACAAAAGACUUCGAAUUCUCAUCGAAUGUAGAUAUCAAUCUAUCAGAAACAAUAGAGCAAAAAUGCUUAUCAUCGUCUUCUUACGAUGGAAAUGAUCAAUUAUUGCAACAAUUACCUGUAUCAAAAAUAAUUGCCUUUUUUGAACAAAAACAAAUGAAUGAGUAA